CCACCCUCCUUAUAUUUCUCUCGUCUUUCCAGACGACUUCCAUCUACUUCAGAGUUGACGAUGCUCUUUAGUCUCUACCCGAUCGUUCUGAUGAUAAAUCCAAGUGGUAAGACUUUGAUUGAUCUCCAGUUUUCUCCAACACAGCCAUUCUUCUCUGCUCCCUCUGUUCAAUGACUACUACUACAAGAGCCAAAGAGCCCACCUCCUCCUCUUUCACUUCUCGGAGCAGCAGCAGCUAUGACGUGUUCUUGAGCUUCAGAGGCGAGGACACUCGCUGGACCUUCGCCGACCACCUCUAUACGGCUCUUAGGAACGCCGGAUUUCGCACCUUCAGAGACGAUGAUGAAAUCCAAAGAGGAGAAAGCAUCAUCGUUGAGCUGCAAAGGGCAAUCGAAGAGUCGAGGGUUUCAAUUGUUGUCUUGUCCAGAAACUACGCGUCUUCAACCUGGUGCCUCGAUGAGCUUGAGAUGAUCCUCGGAAGACGACGAAGGAGGGACUCUGGGCACGUGGUUCUGCCGGUGUUCUACGGCGUGGAUCCGUCGGAGGUCAGGAAACAAAAGGGAGUUUAUGCGGAGGCAUUUGCGAGGCAUGAAGAGCGAUUCAAGUUCGACGUGGGAGAGGGUGAAGCAGCAAAGGGGUGGAAGGAGAAAUUGAAGUGGUGGAGGGAAGCGCUAGAGGAAGUUGCUGGUUUAGCAGGAAUGCCAGAUGGAAUUGAUAGGUACGAGUCAAAGCUUAUCCAAAAAAUUAUCAAGGAAGUUGAAGACAAGCUAAGCCGGCCAAGAGUUUUGAAUGUUGCCCCUUACCCCAUUGGACUAGAUUCCCGUGCUGAAAGCAUUAAUUUGUGGUUACAAGAUGGAGGGCUUGAUGUUAGACUUAUUGCCAUUUGUGGGAUGGGUGGAAUUGGCAAGACAACCAUUGCUAAAUUUGUGUACAACUUAAACUCCUCAAAAUUUGAAGGUAGCAGCUUCCUAGCAAAUGGCACAAGAAAAAUCAGAGGCCUUGUUCUUGACAUGCAUUUCUUGAAGGAAGAUGAGUCUGAGUGGAAUAGCUUUGGGCCCAACAGCUGCUCUAAAAAGGGGAAGAGAUUUCCCUUUAGUAUCUUCUUUGGUUUCCCUUUGGGCAUUGCCACAAAAAAUUCAAAUGUAGCUUUUUUGGAAGGUGAUGCAUUUUCAAGGAUGUCCAAUCUACAACUUCUACAGAUUAGUCAUGUACAAUUAUUUGGAAACUAUGAAAAUUUCCCCAAAGGAUUGAGGUGGUUGCAUUGGUCUCAUUUCCCUUUACAAAUGAUACCCAAUGAUUUUCCUUUGGACAAGCUGGUUGCUCUUGAAAUGCCUUAUAGCUGCUUGAAAAAGGUUUUGAAUGGAGCCAAGUUCCUCCGAUUACUAAAAAUCCUUAAUCUAAGUCAUUCCCAUUAUUUUGUUGAGACUCCUGAUUUCUCAAGAUUGCCGAAUCUCAAGAGACUUAUACUUGAAAAUUGUACUAGGUUGGUUAAGGUUGAUGAAUCGAUUGGAUGCCUAGAAAGACUUGUUUUCUUAAACUUGAGAAAUUGUCAAAGCUUGAGGGAGCUUCCACAAACCUUUUAUAAGCUAAAAUCUCUGGCAACACUUGACCUUAGCGGUUGCUUAAAUCUUGGAAAUUUUUCAGCAGAGCUGGGUAAUAUGAAUUCUUUGGCAGUGCUUCUACCAGAUGGAACUGCAAUAAAUCCAUUAUUCUCUAUCACUUGGAAGGUGAAAGCAUGGCUUUUGUCUUCAUGGCCUUGGCCACUAAAUCCAAGAAGUCGGCCAGAAUUUUCAUGGGUUUCUUUUCCAGAGUCUUUGGUAGGUUUAAGUCUUGCAAAUUGCAAUCUGUCUGAUGACAGUUUCCCUAGGGAUUUUAGCAGCCUAUCCUCAUUGCGGAAGUUGAAUUUGAGCGAGAAUCCGAUUCGUAGCCUCCCAAAUUGCAUUAGGGAUCAUUUUGGGCUCAAGAGUCUAUGGUUACACUCAUGCCCAAGGCUUUUGACACUUGACGGGCUGCCUAAAAGUUUAGAAGAUGUGCAGGUUGAUGGAUGUAAAUUAUUGGAAAAAAUAAGCUUUGACUCAGCAGAUUUUACCGGAAAAAUUUUAACUUAUCGUCAUUGCCGGAGGCUAGUUGAGAUUUCUGGUUUAUACAAGGUAAAACCCUUAGAAAGUGAUGAUGCAGAGCUAAUUAACAAUUUGGGCUUUUGUGACUUCUUCGAAGGCAUGGGAAAAUCAUAUAUAGAGUUUUCAUCAAUCUCUGCAUCACAUGAAACGUGGAUGUCUCCUCCCCUAGGAUUACACCAGCCUUGUACAAUUUGCACUUAUGUUCGUGGAAGCAAGAUGCCUAUCAGAUUCAAUCUUAAGAAUGUAGGAUCCUCAAUAUCUUUUACCGUGCCUUCCGAUGCUAAUUUCAGAACUCAAGGAUUGUCUGUAUGUUCUGUUUAUGCUGAAUCUAAUGAUUAUCGGUUUGAAGAACAAUACUUACGCACAAUUAUCAGUAAUGCAACCAAACAAGUGAAAUGGAGCUAUUGCCCAGAACUUUUGGGUUUUCCACUAAAUGAAGACGACGUGACGUGGUUAAGUUAUUGGAAGUUAGAGGAUCAGUUGGAAGGUGGAGAUGAAGUGAAUAUUUCAGUUACAAGUGAUCGUUAUCAUGAAGUUAAGGAGGUUGGGGUUUAUAUUGUGUACAAGGAGGAGGCAGAAGAAAAGAAGACCACACAAUCUCUUAGUUUAGAAGUUCCCCAACAAAUUCAUCCAUAUGGGAAUGUAGUUCCUGAUUUUUGUAAAGGGGAUUGUGAGGACUGCAAGAAGUUUCCAAUGCCUAGAGAUCCAGCAAGCACUAGAUUCAUUCUUCCUGCUGAUCGUUGCUCUGAGGUUACGUUGAAAAUGUGCACGGGCCCUGCAAUUACCAUUUGGCCACGUCUUGGUUUCAUUUUUGAUACAGGGCAUUGAUUUCAUUUUUGAGACAGGGCAUGACGGUAAAAAAUGAUUGUGAUGGGCCCACUAAAUAAAUCAUAAGUUUUUUUUUUCUUAAAUACUAUUUCAUGUCUGUUUAGUUUAAGAUGAAACUACUCUUACCAUUGAUGGAAUUAUUCUAUCCUACCAAUCAAAUAAUGAUGGGAGAAAGUGGGCUUCA